AUGGCAUUGGGUAUCACGCAGUUUAUCAAUAUUGCGGGUCUGUUGAAGGACUUGAAGAGUUUCAACUUCAGUGUCUACGGUAAGUGGUUUGGGUACAUUAACAUUUUCCUUUGUAUAGCGCUUGGUAUUGCGAACCUGUUCCACGUAAGCGCAGUUAUAGCGUUUGGAAUAGUCGGUAUUGUCCAAGGUCUGAUUAUAUUGUUCAUUGAGAUUCCAUUUCUGUUGAAGAUAUGUCCCCUAAGCGACAGGUUCAUAGAAUUCAUAAAGAGGUUCGAGACCAAUGGAUACAGAUGCAUCUUCUAUACUUUAAUGGCUAUAGUCCAGUAUUGCUCAUUGGCGGUAAUGACCACUAGUUUACUGGUCCUUGGUAUCACUUUGACCAUCUCCGCAGUGAGCUACGGUAUUGCAUUCACUAAGCACCAAGAAUUUGCAAACACUAAUAUAAUCAAGAACCCAACUGAUGAGGACUUCCCUCAUGAUGCAGUGGUUAGAGAAAUGUUAUGA